AUGGGUAGUGAAUGUUCCUUCGCCAAACGCCUGGUAUUAGAGGUGAAAACCUUGUUAUUUGGACUAUCAAAAUACAAGCUGGUGUGUUAUUACACCAAUUGGUCCCAGUACAGAAACGGUGCCGGCAAAUUCUUCCCCAAGGACAUUGACCCUCAACUGUGCACACACAUCAUAUAUGCAUUCGGAAAAUUAGUGGGGAACACAAUCACCAACUUUGAAUGGAACGACAACGACGAAUAUAACAACUUGUAUGCACAGGUGAAUGCUCAUAAACAGCAAAAUCCUAAACUGAAAACAUUGCUGGCAAUGGGGGGAUGGACAGCCGGAAGUCUAAUUUACUCAAACAUGGCAUCGACAGCGCAAAAUCGGAAAGAGUUCAUUGAUUCUUCUAUUGCGUGGUUACGAAAAUACAACUUUGAUGGUCUCGAUAUGGAUUGGGAAUACCCAGCAAACCGGGAUGGGAAACCUUAUGAUAAAGCAAACUUUGCUCAUCUUUGUAAGGAAACACGUGAAGCUUUUGACAACGAAGCUGCUACGACAGGGAGGGAGCGGUUAUUAUUUACAUCCGCUGUUGGCGCGGGGCGGAGUGUCAUAGACACUGCUUACGACGUCCCUGUGAUGGCACAAUACAUGGACUUUAUUUGUACAAUGACUUACGACCUGCAUGGAUCUUGGGAGUCAUUCACUGGUCUACAUACUGGACUCUACGCUUCAAACAAUGAUUCGGACAAAACUUUGAAUGUCGCAUCUGCAGCAGAAUACUGGCAUCAGAAAGGAGUACCCCGAGAGAAGUUAAUCAUUGGGCUGGGAACAUACGGCAGAAGCUUUACCUUGGUGGACACUUCUAAACACUGGGUCGGUGCUCCAGCAUCGGGCGCUGGAAGAGCAGGGCCCUACACGAGAGAGAAAGGCUUUCUGUCUUACUAUGAGAUUUGUGAGAUGCAGAGGAGUGGCCAAGGUACCACAUACAGAGACCCGGUAGCCAAAGUUCCGUAUUUUGUGAAUCCAAGUACAAAACUGUGGGUUGGUUUUGACGACAAGACCAGUAUCUAUACAAAGGUCACAGAUCUCAUCAUCAAAGGUGGCUAUGGAGGAGCCAUGAUAUGGUCUCUCCCACUGGAUGAUUUUAAAGGCACAAUGUGUGGGGAGGGAAAAUACCCACUGAUUUCUUUGAUGAAGGAGACACUGGAGGCAGCCGAGGAGGGAGGACCAGUAGGUCCCACAGUGGGGCCGACGAACGGUCUUGUUAGCACUCAGUCACCGUCUGUAACCACCUCCAAGGGAGGUGAAUCAGGUCCAUCAAAAUACAAGGUAGUUUGCUAUUACACCAACUGGUCCCAGUACAGAAACGGUGCCGGCAAAUUCUUCCCCAAGGACAUUGACCCUCAACUGUGCACACACAUUAUAUAUGCCUUUGGAAAAUUGGUGGGGAACAAGAUCACCAACUUUGAAUGGAACGACAAUGACCAAUAUAACAACUUGUAUGCACAGGUGAAUGCUCAUAAACAGCAAAAUCCUAAACUGAAAACAUUGCUGGCAAUGGGGGGAUGGACAGCCGGAAGUCUGAUUUACUCAAACAUGGCGUCUACAGCGCAAAAUCGGAAAGAGUUCAUUGAUUCUGCUAUUUCGUGGUUGCGAAUGUACAACUUUGAUGGUCUCGAUAUGGAUUGGGAAUACCCAGCAAACCGUGAUGGGAAACCUUAUGAUAAAGCAAACUUUGCCCAUCUUUGUAAGGAAACACGUGAAGCUUUUGACAACGAAGCUGCUACGACAGGGAGGGAGCGGUUAUUAUUUACAUCCGCUGUUGGUGCGGGUCGGAGUGUCAUAGACACUGCUUACGACGUCCCUGUGAUGGCACAAUACAUGGACUUUAUUUGUACAAUGACUUACGACCUGCAUGGAUCUUGGGAGUCAUUCACUGGUCUACAUACUGGACUCUACGCUUCAAACAAUGAUUCGGACAAAACUUUGAAUGUCGCAUCUGCAGCAGAAUACUGGCAUCAAAAAGGAGUACCCCGAGAGAAGUUGAUCAUUGGGCUGGGAACAUACGGCAGAAGCUUUACCUUGGUGGACGCUUCUAAGCACUGGGUCGGUGCUCCAGCAUCGGGCGCUGGAAGAUCAGGGCCCUACACGGGAGAGAAAGGCUUCCUGUCUUACUAUGAGGUGCUUUCAUAUGUCAUUAUGAUUUUAUUAUAUAACUGGUAA